AGCUAGUUCCCUGAUCAGUGAUUGAACCAGGACCCCCUACAUUGGGAGCGCAGCGUCUUAGCCACUGGACCACCGGAACGUCCCUCCAAGAAAACUUUAUUCUCUUAGCACAGAGAGAAAACCAAGCUUCAGUUUCGUAUCAAUUACUCUUAGUAACAAAAUAUAUUUAAUUGAAUUCAGUCCUACCUCACUAUACAUAAAACUCUUUUCUCAGGAUUCCCUUCUUCUAAGAAGGGCUCCUUGGUUCUCUUCUUGGAGGUUCCUCAGGAGGUCCUCUGGAGCCUCACACAGGUUGGUCACCUGCUCACGUCCUAAUCCCACAUGGACACCUGCCCUUUCCUUCCUUCCCUGCAGAGUCUUUGGCCCAUUUUCAAUUUUGGGGGCUGCCCCAGGAAUGGCACUUGCAGAGAUUACUUUACUUGAAAUAGUAGGGUCCUGAGUGCUUCCAAUCAUUGACAGCCAAACACAACCUGUGCCCACUGUCCUCUCCCUGACCUCUGCCCCCAAGUUGAGGACCCUGGGGGCUGAUGGAGUGGGGAUAGUGUGAAAUAAAGGCUGGAGAAGGGGACCUGGGCACCAGGUGAGGUGGACACACAGCAGUGACCCCUCCUUUGGUUUCAGAGUCCCUUCCUCAUCUGCCAGCCCCUUUUUUAGAAAAUGUUUAUUUGUAUUUAUUUGGCUGUGCUGAAUCUUAGUUGCAGCACGUGAGAUCUGUCUUAGUUGGUGCAUGCAGGAUCUCAUUACCUGACCAGGGAUUGAAACCCAGGCCCUCUGCAUUGGGAGCAUGGAGUCUUAGCCACUUGCUCACCAGGGAAGUCUCUCUGCCAGUUUCUUGAGCAUGCGACCCUAGACAUCUGGGCCAGUUUGUCCAAUAGCCAUGUUUUUCCCUCCCUGCUGAUAAACCCCUGGAAUCAGAAGUCAGGUUUCAUUCCUUUUGCAUCUCACCCAUUUCUUUUACAGAGUAGGUACUCAACGAAUAUUUGUUAAACAAAUAAAGUGACAGAAUAAAGGAAGAUAAAGUCAAGUUUGAAACUGUGUGUAGGCUAGAGGAACAGUUUUCCAUUAAUAUGUCUUUUACUUAUUAUUUUAAAAUCCUUUUAAAAAAUGGAGUAUAACCUUUAAAAAAUUGAAUCACUGUGGUAGACCUGACUCUGUUACAACACUGGGGGUCAAUUAGGCCUCAGUAACAAAAGUAAGCCUGGGCUUGUUCUGUUUGCUAUUAUGUCUCCAGAAUUACACCCUAUUUCCUUCUCCUCUUCCUGGAAUGAAAGAGGAAAGAAAGCUUUUGUAUUUUGAAAUAAGUGACAAAGUUGUUUGGUCACAUCCUGUUUUGUCAGUUCCGAUGCUUGCCUAGUAACGCUUCUGUUUGUAGCCUGUCUUGUGAACAUCCUGAAGGAGGCCAAGAACAGUAAUUCUAGUGCAACAAUUACCUGUAAAGGAGCUUCAGAUGCUGUGGUUGUGUUGCGACUUCAGAAUUUCAGCUUGGCCUGGAGAUUCAGAAGGCAUUCAGGGAAAGCUUGGGAUUUUCCCCCACUGGAUUUGGUCCCCUGGAAAGAGACUCCCUGCCCCAGGAGAGUGGGCUUGGCUGGGACUGGUUGGGGUCCAGCACAGACUGUGGCUUGGGCAGGUGGCCUCUCCUGAUGACUUGGUGCAGCUUUGCAAUCCCCACAUAGCAGCAAUGAAGGAAGACAUCCUCUACCACUUCAGCCUCAGCACCAGCACGCACGAUUUCCCAGCCAUGUUUGGAGACGUGAAGUUUGUGUGUGUUGGAGGAAGCCCUUCCCGGAUGAAAACCUUCAUCAAGUACGUGGCCAUGGAGCUGGGCUUUGCCCACCCAGAUGCUGACUAUCCCAACAUCUGUGAGGGCACUGACCGCUACGCCAUGUUUAAAGUGGGCCCGGUGCUGUCGGUCAGCCACGGGAUGGGCGUCCCCUCCAUCGCUAUCAUGCUGCAUGAGCUCAUCAAGCUGCUGUACCACGCUCGCUGCUCCGGCGUCACCCUCAUCCGCAUUGGCACUUCCGGUGGGAUAGGUCUGGAGCCCGGCUCGGUGGUCAUCACCCGGCAGGCAGUGGACCCGUGCUUUAAGCCGGAGUUCGAGCAGAUUGUCCUCGGGAAGCGAGAGGUCCGGAACACGGACCUGGACGAGCAGCUGGUGCAGGAGCUGGUGCGCUGCUCCGCGGAACUCGGCGAGUUCCCCACAGUCGUGGGCAACACCAUGUGCACCCUGGACUUCUACGAGGGGCAAGGCCGCCUGGACGGGGCGCUCUGCUCCUACACUGAAAAGGACAAGCAGGAGUACCUGCUGGCAGCCUACGCGGCAGGCAUCCGCAACAUCGAGAUGGAGGCGUCGGUCUUUGCUGCCAUGUGCAACGCCUGCGGCCUCCGAGCGGCUGUGGUGUGCGUCACCCUCCUCAACCGCCUGGAAGGAGACCAGAUCAGCAGCCCUCAUGAGGUGCUGGUCGAGUACCAGCAGCGGCCCCAGCGGCUAGUAGGCCAGUUCAUCAAGAAGCGCCUGAUGCAGGCCUGAUCCCCCAACAUUUAUCUAGGGGGCGUUUGUGGUUCCUGCAAAUAAAAUCAUUGCCACAAUC